UCAGAGUCUGGUGGGAGUGUUCGAUCUUUCGACUCCGGCUUCAUAGCACGUGUACAAUGGGAUCUUUAAACAUGUUUAGUGUAAGAAAAGAAUAUUUCUGGAUUCUGUUCUUCUAUGCAGCACUGACUGAUGGCGCCGUCCGCGAGUCCUCGGUGUGCCAGGUCAACAGCACGGGUCCCAACGAGAGCUCGGGCAUCAGCAUCAGUACGCCGGUGCUCAUGAGGUGCCCAGGACCCCACGACCCGCUCAACCACACCGCCUGCUGCUACAACGGCGAGGGCGAGGAGGAUGACCAGGAGGAGAGCCAGGGCGGCGCGAGGUGUUGCGUGCCGCCCGCCGUGCCCGUCGGAGUUUUCUAUAUCGAUGAUCAAUUAGCGAUGAUCAUCGCCCUGAGCGUGACCACAGUGUGUGUCAUCAUCACCAUUAUCAUCAUCGUCUGCUGCUUCUGGUCGCGGUGUCCACUCUACACGGCUUGUCGGAUCCGGUACCAUCAGGAUGACAUCAUCGCCUACGCCUCAAAAGAUGAAGAAACAGCGGGUUUAAAUGACAUGCCACCUGAAGAAACUAAAGGAGUCACCAUCUACUCACCAAAUGCUGUCAAAGUUACGAUGAAAGAUGAUGUCUAGUAAUACUUAAGAGAAAAAAA